CACGGAAACGUUUGGAAGGCAUGGAUUGGUCGAGGAUGGCUGAGAAACAGGUACGAAAGUUGCUCGAACACGUUUUGCUCGGUGUCGAGCAGGGAGCAGGCAGACUGGUGGUCGCGAAGCCGCGCGGAUUCCCCACCAUCGGUUUCACCUUUGGGAAGGCCAGAAUGGGAGUGGCCAAACGUUAGUUACCCCGGUGACGAGUAGUUGUCGAGACUAGUCAGGAUCAGGGAACCGAUCUGUCGAGGUCCAGCAUAUACUUAUCGUUCAGGAAUUAUCACCUUUGUGUUUCUUCGAGGAGACAGGUGUCUAGAUGCAAGGAGAGAACGGGGGAUAGGGGAAAGAAGAGCUGGAUCGUGAGCAGAUCGAUCCUUGAUCGACGUGGCGGAACCGGAUACGUAUGUGCCUUAGGCUACGUACGCGUGCAAGGGAAGGAAAUAAGGAAAAGGGAAGAAAAAAGAGAUAAGAAAGGAAGGGAAGAAGGGAAGAAAGGAUCGGGGGAGAGCGACAUCACGAUCGUACAAGAGUACAUAUAUUGAGAUGAGCUGUGUCGUUGAGAUAUGUUCGGUAAGGACUCGGUUCGGAGACAGUGAUAUAUUCUGUAUCGUGACAUAAGCUGAUUUUUUGGUGGAGGAGACAGAAACGGUGUGAGAGGAGCGUUUUGUGGCGUUUUUAUUUUGUGAAAGAAAAACUGGUGGUGGCGCGAACGCGCUGAAAUGACGGUGACCACUAACUUCUCGAUGAUGCGACCUUGCUUCACUGGAUACCCCUUUCAAGAUUUGGGAUCGAUACCAGGUCAAGGACGCGUCAAUCAACUCGGUGGUGUCUUUAUAAAUGGAAGACCAUUGCCUAAUCAUAUUCGUCUAAAAAUCGUGGAGAUGGCAGCUGCUGGUGUUAGACCUUGCGUUAUCUCGAGACAGCUAAGGGUGUCUCACGGAUGCGUGUCGAAGAUUUUGAAUCGGUACCAAGAGACGGGGAGCAUCAGGCCGGGUGUGAUCGGCGGCAGCAAGCCCAGAGUCGCCACGCCCGAAGUGGAGGCACGGAUCGAGGAGUACAAACGGGACAAUCCGGGGAUAUUCUCGUGGGAGAUUCGAGACAGGCUGAUCAAAGAGGGAAUCUGCGACAGAACGAGCGCGCCAAGCGUCUCGGCGAUCUCCAGGCUUCUCAGGGGUCGCGAUCCUGAGGACGAGGCGAAACUUGGCGACGGCAAAACAAGUUCCGGAUCCGAUUGCGACAGCGAGCCCGGGAUCCCGUUGAAGAGGAAGCAGCGUAGAAGCAGAACCACGUUCACCGCCCACCAACUGGACGAGUUGGAACGCGCUUUCGAGAGGACCCAAUACCCGGACAUCUACACGAGAGAGGAGUUGGCGCAGAGGACGAAAUUAACCGAGGCGAGGAUCCAAGUGUGGUUCAGCAAUAGAAGAGCGAGGCUGAGAAAGCAGUUGUCUUCGACCACUUCCGGUGGUUACGUCAGCUCUGUCGCGUAUCCCGCAGCUUCCUACGUCCUCCACCCCCCCGCCGCUCCCCAUCCACACGCAGCAACCGCCGUUCCACCGAGUCAUCCGCAUCCUCAUCCCCAUGGACAGAGUCUGCCCGAUACCACCUUCUCCUCCAGUCAAGUUCCAGAAUUGUACUCCUCGCACCACGGCGCGAUGUCCCACCAGCUGACGCCAGAUUCGACCCGGCUCCCUUCAUCCGUCGGCUCGACGCCGACUUACGGCCUUGCGGCAUCGGUAACCUACCCAAGCUCGCUCCUGCCGGCCACGUCGUCCACCAGCACCACCCACAUGAACCACCAAGUGUCAGCAGCCGCUGCGGUGUCCUCGUCCACCUAUCAACAGGCCAGCGCCCAUCAACUUCCGCCAACCCCGAACUCCCUGGUCACGAUGAUGGGCCCGAAUUCCGGCAAUUCGAACCCUGCCUCCGACCAACUCACCUCCACGGAUCUGCCGAUCAACAACUCCGUGUCCCCCGUGUCCCAACAACAGCAGCAGCAACAGCAACAAACUGGACAACAACAAGGGGGCAGCUCGUCCCCCUCGUGGAAUCUCCCCAUUUCCGGGAGCGGAAGGGUUGGGCUUCCGAGUCCCCCGCCGGCUCUUCAACAACCUCACGCGCACACCGCGCAUCCCCAUCAAGCUUUCGCGACCCAUUACGGAGCGCAAGGCUUCCAACAACCACCCAGACCUGCCCCCCAUCAACCUUUCUACAGUUGGUACUGAGAUGAGUGUAAAAUAUGUUCAAAAACUUAUCACGAUACGAACGAGAGUAUACCGGGAUAGUGUUUUACAGUUGUGUUUAAAAAUAUUUAAAUCAUAAGCAUAAAUGGAAGCAUAAUAGAAGGAAGGGAGAAGUUCUUUUUCGCUGUAAAUAAUAGGCAUUAUUCAAUUGUUUAAUUUUAGUAGCGGAAUUGAAACGGAGAAAGAUGAAAGGAAACGUAUAACUCUUUGAUGAUCGAUCAAAGAAUUCACGGAAUUGUUAAAUAAUUUACGCAAAUAUUUUGAAGUUUUAAUUAUACGAUAAAGGGAAAAAGAUAAAAUAAUUGAUUAUAGAUAAAAUAAUUACAUAAAAAUAGGAAAUUUGAAUUAAAGAAUUACGGAAUUGUUAAACAAUUUACGCAAAUAUUUUGAAGUGUUUUAAUUAUACGAUAAAGGGAAAAAGAUAAAAUAAUUGAUUAUAGAUAAAAUAAUUACAUAAAAAUAGGAAAUUUGAAUUAAAGAAUUACGGAAUUGUUAAAUAAUUUACGCAAAUAUUUUGAAGUUUUAAUUAUACGAUAAAGGGAAAAAGAUAAAAUAAUUGAUUAUAGAUAAAAUAAUUACAUAAAAAUAGGAAAUUUGAAUUAAAAAAUUACGGAAUUGUUAAAUAAUUUACGCAAAUAUUUUGAAGUUUUAAUUAUACGAUAAAGGGAAAAAGAUAAAAUAAUUGAUUAUAGAUAAAAUAAUUACAUAAAAAUAGGAAAUUUGAAUUAAAGAAUUAUGGAAUUGUUAAAUAAUUUACGCAAAUAUUUUGAAGUUUUAAUUAUACGAUAAAGGGAAAAAGAUAAAAUAAUUGAUUAUAGAUAAAAUAAUUACAUAAAAAUAGGAAAUUUGAAUUAAAAAAUUACGGAAUUGUUAAAUAAUUUACGCAAAUAUUUUGAAGUUUUAAUUAUACGAUAAAGGGAAAAAGAUAAAAUAAUUGAUUAUAGAUAAAAUAAUUACAUAAAAAUAGGAAAUUUGAAUUAAAGAAUUACGGAAUUGUUAAACAAUUUGCGCAAAUAUUUUGAAGUAUUUUAAUUAUACGAUAAAGGGAAAAAGAUAAAAUAAUUGAUUAUAGAUAAAAUAAUUACAUAAAAAUAGGAAAUUUGAAUUACGGAAUUGUUAAAUAAUUUACGCAAAUAUUUUGAAGUUUUAAUUAUACGAUAAAGGGAAAAAGAUAAAAUAAUUGAUUAUAGAUAAAAUAAUUACAUAAAAAUAGGAAAUUUGAAUUAAAGAAUUACGGAAUUGUUAAAUAAUUUACGCAAAUAUUUUGAAGUUUUAAUUAUACGAUAAAGGGAAAAAGAUAAAAUAAUUGAUUAUAGAUAAAAUAAUUAUAUAAUUAUAUAAAAAUAGAAAAUUUAAAUGAAGAAUUUGCACAAAUAUUUUGAAGUAUUUUAAUUAUACGAUAAAGGGAAAAAGAUAAAAUAAUUACAUAAAAAUAGGAAAUUUGAAUGAAUGAAUUAUGGAAUUACAAAAAAAUUUGCAUAAAUAUUUUGAACUAUUUUAAUUAUACGAUAAAGGGAAAAAGAUAAAAUAAUUGAUUAUAGAUAAAAUAAUUACAUAAAAAUAGAAAAUUUGAAUGAAAUUAGACCCAGAUUUCUUUGAUGAAAUAAUUUAUUGUUUACUGAUUUGAGAACAAAUAAAUCCAACUUAUUUAUUUCUUCCCCUUAUUUUUACUUCUUUUUAAAAAAAAACGAAACUAAUAGAUUGCUAACAGACAUUGAAAGACAAUUUGCGGGCGACUGUCUCGUAAAAUUGACAACUUCUCUUGUAAUUGUUAUAUCUUGCCUAUUUGUAUAAAAAUAAACCUAAUGUAGUUAGUUUAUCGUCGGUUUUCGGGUUAUCGUUUUAAGAGUCAAUUAUCAUUUUACCCUAAUGCGUAUACAGUUCAACCAAAAAUUGUAUCUAAUAAUAAUGUGGUAGUUCCUAGCCUGCGAUUACUACGAAUUUUACUGGAAGAAUUUUUUUUUUCUCGCCCGAGAAAAAGCAAGAAACUAAUUAAAUUGUUCAUUGUUCAAUAAUUUUGUUCUUUUAACAUGAAUGAAUGCUAAGAUGUGAAUGAGGAUAGAAGACUGAUUGUUGUGAAUGAUAUUUGCGACAGGAAGAAAAUUAUCAUUUAAAUUUUUACCAAGUAUUGUUGUAAAGUAUUACUAAAUCAUAUGUACAAUGUAUUAUUAAACAGUAUAUGAUAUUUUGAAGAGAAAAAUAACUAAAUAAAUAAUCUGUAGAAGAUAUAAACUAUGCUAAUGAAUAAAUAAAUGAAUAAAUUUAA